AUGAACACAAGCUGGGACCAACCGUCCUCCCAUGGCAGCCCCUGGUUCCACUUCUCCGUGUACCUCUUUGCCUUCCUCGUGGGGCUCCCCCUGAACCUGCUGGCCCUGGUGAUCUUCGUGGACAAGCUGCGGCGCCGCGCGGUGGCCGUGGACGUGCUCCUGCUCAACCUGACCAUCUCGGACCUCAUCCUGCUUCUCUUCCUGCCCUUCCGCAUGGUGGAGGCGGCCAGUGGCAUGCUCUGGCCUCUGUCCGCCUUCCUCUGCCCCUUCUCCAGAUUCCUCUUCUUCGCCACCAUCUACGUCACGUCUGUCUCCCUGGCGGCUGUGAGCGUCGAGCGCUUCCUGAGCGUGGCCUACCCGGUGUGGUACCGGAGCCGGCCCAGGCCGAGACAGGCGGUGCUGGUCAGUGGGGCCUGCUGGCUUCUGGUUGGUAUUCACUGCAGUGUGAUCUAUAUUGUGGAAUUCUCCGGGCAUUCCUCCCCCGGCCAAGGAAGCAACGCCACUUGCUAUCUGGAGUUCCGGACCCAUCAGCUUGCUCUCCUCCUGCCUGUCCGGCUGGAGGUGGCGGUGAUCUUUUUUUUCAUACCCUUGCUCAUCACCGCCUACUGCUACGGCCACUUACUCUGGCUGCUCAGUAAGGGAUGCAGCCGUCGCCGGAGGAGGAGGGUGGCGGGGCUGGUGGCAGCCACGCUGCUCAACUUUCUCGUCUUCUUUGGACCCUACAAUGUGUCCCACGUCGUGGGCUAUAUCCAGCGUCACAACCCGCCGUGGAGGAGUUACGUGCUGCUGCUCAGCACCCUGAAUGCCUGCGUCGACCCUCUCGUCUGCUACUUCUCAUCCUCUCAGUUCCAGACUCAAGUCCAUUCGUGGCUGAGGAGACUGGCCGGGUCACAGGGGGACUGUGGGAAGUUGAGGGACGUGAUGGAGAGAGAGAGGCAGUAG